UAUUCAUGAUUUGACUCUUUUUCUCCAAAAUAUAUGAAGAAGAAGACCUGGUUCUUGAAUUUCUCACUGUUCAUUCUCCAAAUCUUCACAUCUUCGAUUGCAUUGGAUGUUACUCAAUUCGGAGCGAUUGGAGAUGGAGUUACAGACGAUUCGCAGGCGUUCUUGAAAGCUUGGGAAGCAGUCUGUAGCGGAACAGGAGAUGGGCAGCUUGUCGUUCCGGCAGGGAUGACAUUUAUGUUACAGCCCCUGAAGUUUCAAGGUUCUUGCAAAUCGGCCCCAAUUUUUGUUCAGAUAUUAGGCAAUCUGGUUGCAUCGAGUAAAGGAAAUUGGAAAGGAGACAAAGAUCAAUGGAUUCUUUUUACAGACAUUGAAGGACUUGUGAUCGAAGGUGACGGUGAAAUUAACGGCCAGGGUUCGAGCUGGUGGGAACACAAAGGCUCCAGACCUACCGCAUUGAAGUUCAAGAGCUGCAACAACCUUAGAUUGAGUGGGUUAACGCAUGUAGAUAGUCCAAUGGCUCACAUUCACAUAAACGAUUGCAACUAUGUGACCAUCUCAAGCCUACGAAUAAAUGCACCUGAAUCAAGUCCUAACACUGAUGGAAUCGACGUAGGCGCUUCAUCCAACGUUGUCAUCCAGGAUUGCAUCAUCGCAACCGGUGAUGAUUGCAUUGCGAUUAAUUCGGGGACGUCGAACAUCCACAUUUCCGGUAUAGAUUGCGGACCAGGCCAUGGAAUAAGCAUAGGAAGCUUGGGAAAAGAUGGAGAGACAGCUACAGUGGAGAAUGUAUGUGUCCAAAACUGUAACUUUAGAGGAACUAUGAAUGGUGCUCGGAUCAAAACUUGGCAGGGCGGAUCGGGUUACGCGAGAAUGAUUACUUUCAAUGGAAUUACUCUAGACAAUGUUGAAAAUCCAAUCAUAAUCGAUCAGCUCUACAACGGUGGAGAUUCUGAUAAUGCCAAAGAUCAUAAGUCGUCGGCAGUGGAAGUGAGCAAAGUGGUGUAUAGUAAUUUCAUUGGGACGUCGAAGUCAGAGUACGGCGUUGACUUCCGAUGCAGCGAGAGAGUACCAUGCACAGAAAUUUUCUUGAGAGACGUGAAAAUAGAAACGGCAUCAUCAGGAUCAGGACAAGUCGCACAAGGACAGUGUUUAAACGUGAGAGGUGUGUCAACACUUGCUGUACCAGGUCUAGAAUGUUUAGCCCUUUCCACAGAUAUGUUGUCAUCGACGCAAUUGCCGGAACAAACUUGCAUGUUGGCACAAUCAGUGCAACCAAGUACAACACAACCGAUGCAAGAUCCAAUAUGGGAUUUUGAAAGCAGAGGGAAACGACUUAGAGUUUACAAUGCCGUAUUAGUUUCAUUUGUCUCUUUGGUUACAUAUAUUUUAGGAAGAAGAAUCAUGGGUUUCAUCGGAGAAACUGUAGAUUCCAUCAAAUCUAUCAAGAUCCGUCAGCUUCUCACUCAGGCUAUCACUCUCGGUAUGAUCGUUACAUCUGCAUUGAUAAUUUGGAAGGCAUUGAUAUGUGUCACUGGCAGUGAAUCACCUGUGGUUGUUGUUCUUUCAGAAAGCAUGGAACCUGGCUUUCAGAGAGGGGAUAUAUUGUUCUUGCGGAUGACCGAUGAGCCUAUUCGAGCAGGCGAGAUUGUUGUUUUUAGUGUUGAUGGUCGUGAAAUUCCCAUUGUUCAUCGAGCCAUCAAAGUUCAUGAGAGGGGAGAUACUAAAGAAGUUGAUGUUCUAACAAAAGGUGACAACAAUGACAUUGAUGACAUCGGUCUCUAUGCUGAAGGACAACUUUGGCUUCAUAGGCACCAUAUCAUGGGCAGAGCUGUUGGGUUCUUGCCUUAUGUUGGAUGGGUGACUAUUAUCAUGACAGAAAAGCCUAUCAUCAAGUAUAUACUCAUUGGUGCAUUGGGUUUGCUCGUUAUAACAUCCAAAGACUAAGACUACAAAAGAAGCUGGUCGUUGGUAAAGAAGUAGCUUCUGCAACGCUCGGUUCAUCAUCUUUGUAGCCAUCAUCUGUGGGCGACUUUUAAACUGUAGAAUCAUAUAAACCUCAAUUUAUAUU